CAAUAGUGGGUACAACAAGAAGAAUCUUUAUUUUCCUCCCUAACUGCCGAAGUGAAGCAGUUAUCUGGAGGAGCCAAAAACCAUCGAUGCCAGACGGGGAAAAAAAUGAAUUCUAUCGUAGAUGCUGAAAGCCAGUAAUCACAUACUCCGUAUAUCACAAAAGUUGGCAGGCGAACCCUGAAAUCUCCGGCCACCGAAUAAACAAACACCGCCUGAAUCCUAGACAUUAGUUGUGCUGCUGUAGUAGUGGACAAAAGGACAAUGGCAACAACGAAAGCGCCUGGUACCGCAGCUGUACCCAAGUCGGAAGCCAUUUCCAAAGGCUACAACUUUGCUUCUACCUGGGAACAGAAUGCUCCAUUGACGGAGCAGCAGCAAGCUGCCAUUCAGUCACUUUCUCAUGCUGUUUCAGAGCGGCCUUUUCCUGCCAAUUUGUCUCAGGACCAUGCUAUUGGACACCACAAUGGAUUCUCAAAUUCAGAAAAGCAAAGUGCAGUAGAGGAUGGCAGGGUCAUUGAGACUGUCUUGGUCAAUGCCAACCAGUUCUACAAAUGGUUUAUGGAUCUUGAAGCAGCCAUGAAAUCAGAGACAGAGGAGAAGUAUCAGCAUUAUGUGCAUAACUUGACUGAGCAGAUACAAACAUGUGAUGGAAUACUGCAUCAGGUGGAUGAAACACUUGAAUUCUUCAAUGCACUACAAGUGCAACAUCAAGCAGUCGCAACAAAGACAAAAACUCUUCAUGAUGCAUGUGACAGACUGCUGAUGGAGAAGAAGAAACUAAUUGAGUUUGCAGAAUCACUUCAUAGUAAGCUCAGCUAUUUUGAUGAAUUGGAGAAUGUUGCUACCAGUUUUUAUUCUCCUAGUAUGAGUGUUGUAAACUCAAAUUUUCUUCCCUUGCUCAAGAGACUAGAUGAGUGUAUUUCCUAUGUUGAGAGUAACCCACAAUAUGCUGAAUGCAAUGUAUACUUGGUCAAGUUUCGACAACUUCAGUCUCGAGCUCUUGGUAUGAUUCGAGCACAUGUCCUUUCUGUUCUUAAAAGCACCUCUUCUCAGGUGCAAGCUUCAAUUAGAAGCAGUGGUGGUAGCAAUGCAGUUGUUUCUGAAGGAGUAGAGGCAUCUGUAACUUAUGUUCGCUUCAAAGCAGCAGCAAAUGAGCUUAAACCAGUGCUGGAGGAAAUUGAAAGUAGAACACCUAGAAAAGAGUAUGUUCAAAUUCUUGAAGAAUGCCACAAAAUUUAUUGUGAACAACGACUUUCCUUGAUAAGAAACAUAGUGCAGCAGCGAAUCUUUGAGUUCUCAAAGAAGGAGGCAUUAUCAUCACUGACUAGAUCUGGUUGUGCAUAUCUAAUGCAGGUCUGUCAGCUUGAGCAUCAACUGUUCAAACACUUUUUCCCAUCAUCUUCAGAGAAUAUUUCAAGUUUGGGUCCUUUAACAGAUCCUUUGUGUACAUACUUGUAUGAUACAUUACGGCCAAAACUUAUCCAUGAAAAAAAUCUUGAUGUCCUCUGUGAACUGGUUGAUAUCCUUAAAGUUGAAGUUCUAGGAGAACAAGUGAGCAGGCGUGGCGAAUCAUUAGCUGGGUUGCGCCCAACAAUAGACAGAAUUUUAGCAGAUGUUCAUGAACGAUUAACUUUCCGUGCUCGUACAUAUAUUCGUGAUGAGAUUGCAAAUUAUUUUCUUUCGGAUGAAGACUUGGACUACCCUAGAAAGUUGGAGCAAUCAGCUGAAACAAAUUCAGAAUCGAAUGAUGAGCAACAUGCAAUCAAAUUGUGGUACCCUCCCUUGGAGAAAACCAUAUCAUGCUUGUCAAAGCUGUAUCAUUCUCUAGAACCAGCCGUGUUCACUGGUUUGGCACAGGAAGCAGUAGAAGUGUGUUCCCUAUCCGUUCAAAAAGCUAGCAAACUCAUUAUAAAAAGAGCAUCUCCAAUGGAUGGUCAAUUGUUCCUCAUAAAACAUCUUCUUAUCCUAAGGGAACAGAUUGCGCCAUUUGAUAUUGAAUUUUCGGUGACGCACAAGGAGCUUGAUUUUUCACAUUUAUUGGAACAACUCAGACGGAUUCUUAGGGGACAAGCAUCAAUAUUUGAUCUAUCAAGAUCAACAUCAUUGGCAAGGACAUUGUCUCCACGAGUAUUGGAAAGCCAAGUUGAUGCCAAAAAGGAACUGGAGAAAAGCCUAAAAACAACAUGCGAGGAGUUUAUUAUGUCGGUGACUAAACUAAUUGUGGAGCCCUUGCUUUCUUUUGCUACCAAGGUUACUGCUGUUAAAGUUGCAUUGUCUGGUAGUCAAAAUCAAAAGUUUGAGUCUGCUAUUGCAAAGCCGCUCAAGGAUCAAGCAUUUGCUUCUACAGAAAAGAUUGCCGAAAUUCUUCAAAAGGUGAGUGCAGCAACUGAUCAAGAAUUGCCUAUGGUGUUGGCUAAAAUGAAGCUUUAUCUACAGAACCCAUCUACUCGAUCAAUACUUUUCAAACCAAUAAAGACAAAUAUUAUCGAAGCACAUUCUCAAGUAUUGUCACUCCUCAAAAAAGAGUAUUCACCGGAGGAUAUACUAAAUGUUGUGAAUACGGUCUCGAUUGAAGACUUGGAAGUAAAACUUGACAGCCUCCUAUAGUUUUCCCAGAUCUGACACACAAACACUGUUUCAUUUUCUUUCUUUCUAUUUCCAAUUUUAGUGGUCUGGGGCAUCAGAUUUGAAUGUCUGUCAAAUGUUGGAACUUUCCAGUGAGCUUGAUUGACACUCUAAGCCUUGCUGCUUCAUAUAUAGAUGAAUUCAAUAAUUGAAAAUAUGAUAUUGCAUUUUGAGCUAUUUGUUAAAAAGUGCCAUUAGAGGUUGUCGUUCUCAGACUGAAUGUAAGCAUUUGAACUAUUGUAUACACAUAAUUGUGACGCCUUGAAAAAGACAAUAAAUAUGCAUGACUGUCAAUAGAGCAAGGAAUGUUACUUGAUUUGGUUCAGAAACAA